AUGCGUUUUACUACCGCCCUCUUCCUCGCCGCCACCCCGUUGCUCGCCUCCGCCCAUCCGCUCAAGGUGACCCGCGCAGUCUCCGCCGCAACAGUCACAGUCUUGAAGUUUGCCGAGCUCCUUGAACAGCUGGAAACACAAUUCUACACUCAAGCCCUUGCCAAAUUCAAGCCCGAAGACUUUACUGCUGCUGGUAUCACGAUCCCAGAUAUCGCUAUCCAGGGUUUCCAAGAGAUUCUAGCCCAUGAAAGCUCCCACGUUGCUGUUCUUGACCAAGCACUAGCCGACAACGGAGAGACUCCUCUUUCUGGAUGCUCAUUCAACUUUGAUCCUGUGCUCACCGAUGUUGCGACCAUGGCUGGCGUCGCCCGCGUUGUCGAACAUGUCGGUGUCGCAGCCUACCUCGGAGGCGCAGACAUCUUGGACGACAAGAACUUUUUGGCAGCUGCAGCAACCAUUCUCACUGUUGAAGCUCGCCAUCAGUCCUUCCUGAACAUUGUCGGCGGCGCGACUACUGUCCCACAAGCCUUUGACGUCGCGCUGACUCCCCAAGACGUUCUCUCCAUCGCCGGUGCCUUUGUUAGUGGAUGCGAUCCCGCAGCUGCUUUGGGCCUCGGUGCAGCAAACCCACCGCUCGCGGUUACCAACCAGGGACCAGUUGCCGCAGGCACCAAGCUCACGUUCAGCUCGCCAGCGCUCAACUCGACCAGUGAGGGAUCUGCGUCCUGCCAAAUGUUGGUCGGAGGUCAAGCUACUUCACUGUCAUUCGCCCUCAACGAGUGCAUCGUUCCAGAGGGUAUCGACGGACCCGUUUGGAUCUGGCUCACAAAGGACACACAACCUCUUGCCGCGGAUAUCCACGUCCGAAGCAGCGCGAGCAUCCUCGCCGGACCAACUGCCGCCUUUAUCGACUCGAAGAGCAGCGCUCUGGGUGCAGUCGUUCGAAAUGGCGCUGGCUUUAGCGCGACCGAGACCAUUUCGCCCUCGCAGGCUACUGAUAUUCUCAGUAGCGCAUCGCAGACAGCCACCGAGUCUGCUCCUGUUGCUACCUCGACCGAAAGUGUCUCUGCUGCACCAACUGCGGUCAGCCCACCCGUAAAUGCUGCCGAGCCACCAGCAACAACCUCGAGUGCGUCCGGCGCUGUUCCGCCGAUCAACGUUAUUGGAGUUGGCGCGAUCCCUGCCACGACGGCGUAA